CUGCAGUGAUGAUAACAUUUGUGGUUCAAAAGAGGGGUUAGUAUGGGGAAGUUCCUCAGUGGAUUUGUAUUGCCUCUGCUGCUUUUGACAGCUGCUUUGCUAAAUUGGAGUUUGAUAUCUCUGGUUGAUCUGUUAGCCUUUCUCUUCAUUCAGUAUGCAGCUCCAAAAAUUGGUUUUCGGUUCCAAAGGCAAUCUCCAUUAUCAUGGUAUACCCUUAUCUUUUCCUUGCUGACUGUUCUAUCACACGCCAUAUUUCACAUUGUUUGGGUCGUGAAAGAAGACCGGUGGAGCAUUUCUGAAGCUCAAUGGGCAAGGCUAAUCGGUUUCCUAAGAGAUCAGUCUUGGACCUUUCCAUCCGUAACAUAUUUCUUGGUAGUACAAGUACUAGCAGCUUUAGUUGCGUUAUAUGAAAUCUACGGUAGUAGAUAUGGCAUGGAUCCAAAGAGAGUUUCUUUUUGGGGGCAUCUCUAUUCCUUUAUCUUACAUAUAGGUUCCCAUCUCAGGGUUUUAUGCUGCUUAUUGUUACCUGCUGUACAGCUUGUUGUGGGAAUUAGUCAUCCCUCUUGGGCUUCUUUACCAUUUUUCAUCUGUAGUAGUAUUGGACUUGUUGAUUGGUCUUUAACAAGCAAUUUUCUUGGCCUUUUCAGGUCUUGGAGGUAUCUUUUGUUGUAUGCGGGCUUGAACAUCGUCUUGCUUUAUGUAUACCAACUUCCCAUGGAAUUUUCUGGGAUCUUUCAGUGGCUAGCUGAUUUCAUUGGACUCUAUAAGAUAUCUGCCAAGUCAGAGUGGUCAGAAGUUUGGUCCGGUCUUUCUCUUCUACUCUUUUACAUCAUUCUAUCUUGGAUUAGAUGUGAUCUUAUAGAAAUGGAUUUCAUCAUGUCCACAAGAGCAAGCAGCUUGACCGAGCAACUUCUUCCUUCAAAGCAUUCAUUUUUUAUUCGUGAAUCAAGAUCUGGGGUUAGGCACACAAAUAUUUUGUUGAGAAGACCAAUCUUACGGACAUUUGGCAUUAACUUUUUUACUUAUGGUUUUCCAAUUUCCUUGCUUGCUCUUUCUUUUUGGAGUUUCCACUUUGCAAGUCUCUGCGCAUUUGGACUUCUAGCAUAUGUUGGCUAUGUUCUAUAUGUCUUCCCCUCCAUGUAUCACUUGCACCGGUUAAAUGGCUUGCUUCUUGUUUUCAUUCUCUUGUGGGCUGUUAGCACAUACAUCUUCAACAUAGCUUUCAGUGUCCUUAAUAAGGAAGAGUGGCAGGACAUGGAGAUUUGGGAAACUAUUGGCUUAUGGCACUACCCUAUCCCAGGAUUUUAUCUACUGGCACAAUUUAGCCUAGGGGUUCUUGUUGCUUUGAGUAAUCUUGUGAACAAUUCUGUUUUCCUGUACUUGUCAGACAGGGAUGGGCCAUCUUCAAGUGAUGAUUCCACUUUAGAUGAGAGAGAAGAAACAAAGGUACUGAUUGUAGCUACUAUAGUAUGGGGACUGCGCAAAACUUCUCGUGCUCUCGCACUGUUGCUAUUGUUUCUUAUUGCAUUAAACCCUGGCCUCAUUCAUGCCUUAUAUAUGGCUUUUUUCUUGAUAUUUCUAUUAAGCCACACUGUUGGUAGGAAAAUACGGCAAUGCCUACUUCUUUUAUGUGAGGCACAUUUCACACUAUUAUAUGCUCUUCAGCUUAAUCUGCUCUCCACUGCCAUGGAGAAGACAGACUCGAUUGCUAUGAGAAUUCUCUCACAACUAGGUUCCUUUACUCAUGCUAAUUCUGGGGACUUACUGAAGAUAGCUGUGCUUGCAUGCUUUUCUGCCAUUCAUAAUCAUGGGUUUGAAAUGUUGCUCUCGUUUUCAGCAAUCGUUCAACACACUCCUUGGCCUCCAAUUGGGUUUAGCAUCUUGAGAGCUGGUUUGCUCAAAUCUAUUAUUUUGUCAGUUUAUACUAGAGCCUCAGGAGAGAGCCAGGAAACUAACUUUUCUCAUGAGAGAAUAAUAGGAUCAUAUCUGAAUGCAAUUGGUGAGAAGUUUUUAUCACUGUAUCGAUCAUGUGGAACUUAUGUUGUCCUUCUCACAAUCCUUCUCACGGUUUACUUAGUAACACCUAACUAUUCUUCAUUUGGUUACCUGUUCUUCCUUUUACUGUGGAUGACUGGAAGACAACUUGCAGGGAAGACAAUAAAGCGCCUGUGGCUACCCCUGAAAAUUUAUGCUGUUGCAGUGUUUUUGUUCAUAUAUGGGUUAUGUGUGUUCCCUUGGCUUCGGCAAAGGUUGUCCAGGAUGGUUGAUCUUUCUUCUGCCUUUGGUUAUAACCCAGAGGCUUCAAUGUUUAAAAACAUUUGGGAGUCCUUAGCUGUGUUAAUUGUGAUGCAACUAUACAGUUAUGAGAGGAGGCAAAGCAAAUACUUCAAAUUAAGGGAUGAUGUGCCAGAAACUGGAGCUUUUACUUUUCUCAAGCGUCUUCUAAUCUGGCACAGUGAAAAGAUACUAUAUCUUGCCAUAUUUUAUGCAUCUUUGUCUCCAAUUAGUGCAUUUGGGUUUUCCUACCUUUUUGGAUUAGUCAUUUGUUCAAUUACACCAAAAGCUUCUCACAUCCCUUCGAAGCUCUUUCUGGUUUACUCAGCAUUGCUUGUGAUGUUUGAGUAUCCUUUCCAGAUGUGGGGUUACAGGGCUGAGAUGUUCCCUGGUCAAAAGCACUCUUCUGUUUCACUUUUCCUGGGCUUGCAGGUGUACAAACCCGGUUUCUUGGGUGUAGAAUCGGGCUUGAGAGGAAAAGUGCUGGUUAUUGUUGCAUGUAUUAUGCAGUACAAUGUCUCUCAUUGGUUGGAAAAGAUGCCCUGCAACUUUGAAAAUGGAGGAUGGUGGAAGGAUCCUUGUGCUUUGUUUAUGUCAUCAGAAAUAGCCCCAAACAAAGCCACCAUUUUUACCGGAGAAAGAAAAGGUUUAGAUGCCAAUCCACUAUUAGGCAAAAAGUAUAAAGCAAGAAGCCAUUCAUGGCCAUCUCUUAACACUAGCUUUUCUCAAGGUAUGGAUCCCAUAGGAGGCCAUAAAGGCAGAAACCAAUCAAACAGGUGCUUACAGGAAAGUUCCAAAGAUAACCAUAAGUGGAAUAGAAGGCAAAUUCAUGUCUUGAGAAAGGAGAGGCUGGCAAUGCAGAAGGCUAGCCUGAAAAUAUAUUUGAAGUUCUGGAUAGAGAAUAUGUUUAGUAUCUUUGGCCUUGAGAUUAACAUGAUUGCCUUGCUUCUUGCCAGCUUUGCUGUGCUGAACGCUAUUUCUUUGCUUUAUAUUGCAUCACUUGCUGCUUGUGUUCUUUUAAAUCGGCAGGUCAUACGUAAAGUAUGGCCAAUGUUUGUUUUCUUGUUUGCUUCUGUUUUCACACUUGAGUACUUGGCAAUUUGGUUGAAUCUGACUUCUUGGAAGCAUCUUUCCCUGGCUAAGGCUGAAGUGCUUUGCAAUGACUGUUGGAGAAGCUCUGAUCUUCACUUUGACUACUGCAAAAGUUGCUGGCUAGGAAUCAUAGUAGACGAUCCCAAAAUGCUUAUCAGCUACUAUGCAGUUUUCAUGUUUUCUUGUCUCAAACUUCGUGCUGAUCGCUUGUCCAGUCUCUCAGAGUUUCAGACAUAUAAGCAAAUGAUGUCUCAUUCUAAACAUGCAUCUGGUCUGAGUGAUCUCUCAUUUGAAACAAAAGUCUUGUGGACAUUUCUUGACUACCUGAGGCUUUACAGUUAUUGUCAUUUACUGGAUCUUGUGCUUGCUUUGAUUUUGAUCACGGGAACCCUAGAGUAUGAUAUUCUUCACCUUGGAUACCUUGGAUUUGCUCUAGUUUUCUUCCGAAUAAGGCUUCAGAUACUAAAGAAGAAGAAUAGCAUCUUCAAAUUCUUGCGGAUUUACAACUUUGCUCUAAUUGUCCUCUCUCUUGCAUAUCAGUCUCCUCUUGUGGGUGAUUUUUGUGAGGGGAAAUGCGAAAUGGUAGAUCGCAUUAGCAAAGUGAUUGGCUUGUAUAAAUAUGGAUUUCAAAUACCAUCCAGAUUUGCACUUGUUGAGAUUGUAAUAUUUAUGCUGGUUGCACUUCAGUCAUACAUGUUUUCAUCCUUGGAGUUUGAUUAUGUGUCAAAUUAUCUUGAAGCCGAACAGAUUGGUGCUUUAGUGCGUGAGCAGGAGAAGAGGGCUGCAUGGAAGACUGCACAGUUGCAACACAUACGUAAAUCUGAGGAGCAGAAGCGCACGCGUAAUUCACAAGUGGAAAAGAUCAAAUCAGAGAUGCUCAACUUGCAGAUCCAACUUCACAGCAUGAGAACCACUAAUUGUGGUAACACCUUUCCUGAAGGCAAAGACAACAGAAAAAGGAACCCUUCUGUAAAUCUAAAUCCAGCUCAGACUACCCCUGACAAAAGGGAUACCGGUUUCAAAAAAAAGGAUCGUACUCUAAGCCUUGAUUUUGUAUUUACUCAUGAUAUGAAUGAAUCUCCUAGAAGUGAAAGAACUGGAGUUCUGUCUGCAGUGGACUCCAGAAAGCAGUCAAUAGAUUCACUUUUUGAGAUCACUGAACUGAAGGACACAACUAAUGAUAACAUGUUCUUCCAUUCCGAUGUAAGACCUCAGGAAAUAUCCAAAUCCAAGAGAAAUCCACUAAUAUCAGCAGUACAACUGAUAGGUGAUGGGGUUUCACAUGUGCAAUCUCUUGGUAGUAUAGCAGUCAUGAAUCUUGUGAACUUCCUGAAAAUUGAACAUGGAAAACCAGAUUUAGCUGAGCAUUCUUCAGAUGAUGAGGUAUAUUAUGAGAUAGAGAAUCAGGAUUUUGGCAGUGAACAUAUUGAGCAAUCACAUUCCAUACAAUCUGAUAGUGAGAGGAACAUGUCUAAUGUUGCGUGCCUACAAAUCAGGAUCAUACUCCACUAUAUUUGGGACCAAAUGAGAUCAAAUAAUGAUGUUGUUUGUUACUGUUGCUUUAUUCUGAUUUUCCUAUGGAAUUUUAGCUUGCUUUCUAUGGUUUAUCUUGCGGCUCUCUUCUUAUAUGCUCUCUGUGUAAACACUGGUCCAAGCAAUAUGUUCUGGGUUAUUAUGCUAAUUUACACCGAGGUGUGCAUUUUGCUUCAAUACUUAUAUCAAAUCAUUAUCCAACAUUGCGGGAUGAUUUUUGAAGCCAGACUGCUUCAGGAGUUGGGAUUUCCUGCACACAAGAUCAUGUCAUCUUUUGUGAUCUGCCACUGCCCUCUUUUUUUAGUGUAUUUGUUUACUCUCUUACAGUCUGCCAUAACUGCCAGCGAUGGUGAAUGGACGGUAGCAACAGAGUUCAGCUUUACAAAAAAAAAUGCUUACCAGGAAAUGGCUGCAUACAAUUUUGGUUUCAUUGAGAGAAUAAAGGGACUGCUUUUACCCAUAAGAAAUGUGAUGGAAGUGUUGAUUAGAAACCUUUACAGUUACUGGAAAUCUCUGACGCAGGGAGCAGAAACUCCCCCUUACUUUGUGCAGCUAUCUAUGCGAGUCAACUUACCACCUGAGGAUAGCAUUCAACCGGAGACAAUUGAAUCAAAAAUGAACAAGUUGCUGAAGAUCAUGCAUGAUAGAAGAUGCAGGGAGAACCUCAACAAUUAUCCUGCAAGUAGAGUUCGAGUUCAAAGCAUUGAACGAAGUCCAGAAAAUGUAAAUGUAGCUCUGGCUGUUUUUGAGGUGUUAUAUGCCUCCCCUUCAAGGAAAUCUUCCUUUCCACAAUGGCAAAGGUCGCUAACUCCAGCAGCUGAUGUAACCAGUGAGAUUCUAGCGGCUUACCAUGCUGGUAUCUUUAAAGAAAUAGGGUUCCCUUACAUGAUACUUUCCGUAAUUGGUGGAGGUAAGAAAGAUGUAGAUUUGUAUGCCUAUGUCUUUUGUGCAGAUUUGGUUGUUUUCUUCUUGGUGGCAAUUUUCUACCAAUCAGUUAUAAAAAAUAACAGUGAGUUCCUUGAAGUAUAUCAGUAUGAAGAUCAAUUCCCAAAGGAGUUUGUCUUUGUCUUAAUGGUUAUUUUUUUCUUGAUCGUGCUCGAUCGCAUCAUUUACCUCUGUUCAUUUGCCACUGGGAAAGUUUUCUUCUAUCUUUUCAGUCUUGUCCUCUUCACAUACUCUAUCACAAACUACGCUUGGCACAUGGAGCCUUCAGACAAACAUGCUGGAAAGUUUGCGCUCCGUGCUAUUUACCUCAUGAAGUUGAUCUCCCUGGCUCUGCAGGCCAUACAAAUUCGCUUUGGGAUUCCACAUGAAAGCAAUUUGUAUAGGCAAUUUUUAACAAGUAGCAUUUCUCAAACAAACUUCUUGGGUUUCCGAAUUUAUCGUGCUUUGCCAUUCCUUUACGAACUUCGAUGUGUACUUGAUUGGUCUUGCACAACCACAUCGUUGACCAUGUAUGAUUGGUUGAAGUUGGAGGAUAUCCAUGGAAGCUUGUUUCUUGUCAAAUGUGAUGCGGAUCUAAAUAGAGCUAAACACCAACAAGGACAAAAGCAGACAAAAAUGACCAAGUUUUGCAAUGGCAUAUGCUUGUUCUUCAUACUGAUAUGUGUGAUAUGGGCCCCUAUGCUGAUGUACAGUAGCGGUAACCCUACAAAUAUUGCAAACCCCAUUAGAGAAGCCAGUGUUCGGAUUGACAUAAAGACAAGUAGUGGAAGGCUUACCUUGUUUGAGACCACUUUGUGCGAAAAGAUCUCAUGGAAUGAAGUAAAACAACAUAUUGAUCUUGAUCCUCAAGGUUACUUAGAUAAUUACAAUGAAGUGGACAUUCAACUCAUAUGCUGCCAACCUGAUGCAAGCAACCUGUGGCUUGUUCCCCCGGUGGUGCAGGCCAGAUACAUCAAAUCUCUAGGGUGGAGCAUGGACAUUGUUUUCUCUUGGCAAUUCACAAGAGAUAGACCUAGAGGGAAGGAGGUCGUGAAACAUGAAGUGCUUGUUGCAGAUCAGGAUCUUCCUCAAUCAGCAGAAGUGAUGCAAGUUCUUAAUGGUACUGCCAAUAGUUUUAGGAUGUUUAACAUCUAUCCAAGAUACUUCCGGGUUACUGGCUCUGGUGAUGUUCGGUUUCUCGAACAGGCGGUAGAUCUGAUAAGUGGGGAUCUGGUUCUCAACCGUGGGAAUCCAGAAUGGUGGUCCUUUUAUGAUCUUGGUGCCUCGGAUGGAACAGGAUGUGGUGAGUUUGCAGGACCAAUGGCCAUCAUUGUAUCUGAAGAAACACCACAGGGAAUCAUCGGGGAUACACUAAGCAAAUUCAGCAUAUGGGGUCUGUACAUAACCUUUGUGUUAGCUGUUGGCCGUUUCAUCAGGCUACAAUGCUCUGACCUGAGAAUGAGAAUACAAUUUGAGAACCUCCCCUCUUGUGACAGGUUGCUGGCAAUCUGUGAGGAUAUAUAUGCAGCAAGAGCUGAGGGUGAGCUUGAGGUGGAAGAGGUCCUCUAUUGGACACUUGUCAGUAUCUAUAGAUCUCCCCAUAUGCUGCUGGAGUACACCAAGCCUGACUAGCUACAUCAUCAACAACAGCCAACAGCCAACGGCCAAAUUUGGGGCGUUGGAUUUUGCAGUUUAAUUCGUGUACAAGCUUACAAAGCUA